GGGAGUGGUUCGGAGCAGUUGAGUGGUGUGUUGGAACGGUUGGCCUCGCGCCAUUUCCAAUAUCAACCCCACGCCGCGCUAUCCACCACACCGCCAUCCACUCUCAUUCCAUCCACCUGAUCACACGCCUAAAGCAACUAGCAGCUCAGUUUAGCUAGGGAGCAUCCAAUCUUAUUACACGACUCCGUUCUUGCGACGAUGCCGAGGCCGUGGAGACCGGUGCUGGUGUCGGCGACCAAGUGCUGCGCCGCCGAGGACGCCGUGGUUGCCGCCGGCGCGGGCAACGGCCUCGCGCGCUGCCGGCCCUCGGGGUCCCAGCUGUCGCGGCGGCUGGCCUCCUUCCGGCGCCUGUCGUCCCUGGCCAACAGCCCUGCCUCGAACACCAUGACGGAGACGGACAAUAAGGACGGCACGGGCGACGGGGACAUGGCGGGCCCGCUGCAGCUGCACUCGUUCAGCCUGGCCGAGCUCCGCGGCGUCACGCACGACUUCUGCAGCAGCUACCUGCUGGGGGAGGGCGGGUUCGGCACCGUGCACAAGGGCUACGUCGACGCCGGCAUGCGCCCCGGGCUGGACCCGCAGCCCGUCGCCGUGAAGCAGCUCAACGCCGCGGGGUUCCAGGGCCACACGGAGUGGCUCGCCGAGGUCAUAUUCCUGGGCCAGUUCCGGCACCCGCACCUGGUCAAGCUGCUGGGGUACUGCUGCGAGGACGAGGACCGCCUCCUCGUCUACGAGUUCAUGCCGCGCGGCAGCCUCGAGAACCACCUCUUCAGGAGGAUAUCGGCGACCAUUCCAUGGGGCACGCGGAUCAAGGUGGCCAUCGGCGCCGCCAAGGGACUCGCCUUCCUCCACGGCGCCGCCACGCCCGUCAUCUACCGGGACUUCAAGGCCUCCAACAUCCUGCUUGACUCGGACUUCACGGCGAAGCUGUCGGACUUCGGGCUGGCCAAGAUGGGGCCCGAGGGUGAGGACACGCACGUGACCACGCGCGUGAUGGGCACCCACGGCUACGCGGCGCCGGAGUACGUGCAGACUGGCCACCUCAACGUGAGGAGCGACGUCUACAGCUUCGGCGUGGUCCUCCUCGAGCUCCUCACGGGCCGCCGCGCCAUGGAGCGCGUCCGCAACAGGAGCGCGCACGCCGAGCAGCAGGUGAAGCUCGUGGACUGGACCCGCCCUUACCUCGGCGGCAGCAGCCGCCGACUGCGCUGCAUCAUGGACGCGAGGCUGGCUGGCCACUACUCCGUGAAGGGCGCCCGCGCCUUGGCGCAGCUGGCGGUGCAGUGCACGGCCACGCAGCCGCGGGACAGGCCGCGCAUGGCGGCCGUGGUCGAGGCGCUGGAGCGGCUGCAUGGGCUCACGGACAUGGCCGUCAGCGUCGGGCUGUGGCCCGCCACCGCGCCCGUGGUCGGGAGGAACGCCAUCUCGGCCAAGAUCCGCGCGGAGGUCAAGGGUGCCGGGUCGCGGCGGAGGAGCGCGUCCUCCAAGCUACCUUGAACGUCGAUCGACCGACGACGAGUGGCCAGCUGCCACGUCCUGUACUGGAUCGGAGUGUGCGAAUCUUAUUGUAAUUUGUAUGCGCGCGCGUACAUACGUGUAUGUAUAUAGUAAAGUUUAGUUUAGUGUUGGUAUGUCGAGCGUGAACGCAUGAGAUCGAUGAGGCAGAUCGUACCCGUGUCAUCCAUGAACUGUAAGAUCCAUUGCCUUCGCACCAUCAUGAUCGAUUCAUGAGGCGAUCGUUUUGCAAAUACCACGAUACAAGUUUUCCAUUC